UUUAUUCGAGUUCCGAACAGCAGCCGAGUCGGAGGCAAAAACCCUGUGGAUAGCGAUAGCCCAAAAAGGACCCAUUUCAAAUACGAUCCGUGCUCUCUCUAUCUCUCUUAAUACAUAUAUCUUUUGUUCAGUGUUCGUGUCGUAUACCAAGUGAAAAAAGCCCCCAAAAGAAAGUUAAAAACAAAACAGCCAGAGAGCAAAGAAAAAUUCAAAUCAAAACAAAAUAAACCGAAUUAUGAAAUUCCCACGUCGGUGUAAAGUGAGAUGAUUUGAGGUCUGUGUUACAAAUCCUUUCCCGUGCCGUCGCCCCAACAUCAUGCUCGACAAAUUCAACACAAACGCAUUCAUAUCGUUUGGACUGGGAUUCAUACUGAUGUGGCUGAGCGAAGCCACGGAAGCCCACAUGAACUACACAGCCAAGCCGCGAGUAGUUCUUCCGCCUAAUUAUGUCAAGGAGAUACGACCGCCCUCGAAGAAGGGCUCCCCAGUGAUAGUAGACUUUAGCAUAUUCGUUGUAGAUAUUAACUCAAUUAACGUAGAGGAUAUGGACUUUAGAGUAGACAUGUUUAUACAUCAGCGCUGGCUGGAGUCGCGUCUGGAGAUCCCAGAUGACAUCUUCGAGGAGGGCGACGACUAUGUGACGCUGCUUCCAGAGGUCUUUGAGAAUUUUUGGCAGCCGGAUCCGUACUUUCUCAAUUCCAAGAUUGCCGAAAUAGCGACACUGACCCACAAGUUCACGUCGGUGACGCUCUACAAGAACAAGACGGUGCGCUAUGCGGCCCGGAUGCACGCGAUCAUCGCCUGCCAGAUGGAGUUUCAGCUGUACCCCAUGGACAUCCAGGUGUGUCCCAUCUACAUCGAGAGCUUCUCAUCGAACAACCAGAAGGUUAAGCUGCGCUGGUCGGACUCCGGCGUAACCCUCAAUCCGGAACUGAAGCUGCUGCAGUACAAUCUGGGCCAACCCUUGGAGCUGGAGGAGAGCGACGGCUAUAUGCCGGAGAAGGUCGGGAACUUCUCCCGGCUCACCGUGUACUUCCGCUUCGAGCGCCAGAUUGGCCACCACCUCAUCCAGACCUUCGCCCCCUCCUCGCUGGUGGUGAUGCUCUCCUGGUUCAGUUUCUGGCUGGGACUGGACGCCAUUCCGGGACGGGUCACGCUACUGGUGACCUGCAUGCUAACCCUGGUCACCAUGUUCACGGGCGCCGACAUCCCGCCAGUGGCCUACGUCAAGGCCCUGGACCUCUGGAUGGCCGGCUGCAUGCUGUCCGUGUUCGCCGCCCUGGCCGAGUUCGUGGUGGUGAAAGUGCUGGACGUGCAGUACCAGUACCAGGUGAACCGCAUUCCAAAGGUACUGCCCAUGCGCAUCAGCAACAUGGAGAAGGGUCAGUGUGCGACGGUGGCCAGUUGGGAAGGAGGAGCGGUGCGGUCGCGGAAGGCCACCCAGACGCCCACGACACCGGGCCAGACCUCGCUGCAGGGAAACGGAGGACCGCCAAAGCCAGCCAGACGGCAGAGUCUCCUUUCAGUGGCCUGGACGGAUACGGAUACCGGCGUGGAGAAGAUCAUGUGGCGGGAGAUUGACAAGGUAUCCCGCGCCGUAUUCCCCAUUCUAUUCUUUGUGUUUGUACUCCUGUACUGGCCGAUUCUGCUGAUGAAGUCGUCCUAGGAUUUGGGGAGCUCCAGACUGCACAUGUCUGGACUCCGUUAAAAAGUGAAACGAAACCGAAUCUGUUGAUGGAACUAUAGCUGGACUGGAUUUAGAGCCCAAGUGCAAUGCCAGAGACGCCAAGUCUUUGGAUCUUAAUAUCUGCAAAGAGAGCGGGGCCUCACAACCCGCUCCCUGUCAUCGAAGUACAAGAAAGUCUACUGUUACCUACAUAAGUGCGUGCAUGGGUUUUACCAAAAACGAUUGGGUACAUCGAAUGUACUGAGUAUACAGCUUAGUUAUGGACUAUUUGCUCACGGAGAAUGUAUUGUUCAUUUGAGUAUUUGCUUUGUAAAAAUCCGAUCUUGUAUGGAACGAUACCGAUAGCUCCCCCUAUAUUAUUUUGAAAUCUAUGCCACGAACGAAGAACUAUAUAUCUAUUUCGAACACCGCGCACUCCCCCACAGGGUCAAAAGCUUCAGCUACUCUAGGCAUUAAUCAUGACCCACAUCGAUAUAAACCAAUUUUAAUUUAGUUCUGCCUUAUAUACACCGGAUGGUACUAAAGAAAUGUAUAUCACUGUGCUAGUGACAAUACCCACAAUCGAAAAGGGUGGUCCCUACUUUGAAAGCGAGCUGCGAGCUACACGCAUUAAUCAUUUUCGGGCAAACGAUUUUAAUUGAACUUUUGUAUUAGGCUUAAGCAAAUCAGCCAAGACACGGAAUUGGUGCUUUAUGGAGAUAAUAAUAAUACAAUGGCCUCUAAGGAUAUUUGGAUUGUAAAUAUUGAACCGAACAGUGAAUGCUUUUAGAGAUUUUUACAUACAUAUUUAGAAUUAUUUAUCCAUUAUAGCGCAUUUUAAUGCAAACAUUAGAGCUGUGGCUUUUACAUCUAAUACUAAAAUUGACCUGUAGUUCAAACAGCGCACAUCAGGCAGAAUUUUUGAAAAUAUAAACAUAUAUAUAUUUGUUAAGCUAAA